CCUCACUACGUUCGACGCGUCACCAUACGCUCAGGGCGUUUCUUUUCAUUUCUAGCCAACGCUUCGAGCGGCGCUAACGUUAAGGAUGUCGUCGGAGAACGCCAUAAAAAAUUCUUCAAAUUCUACGUUGAAUUUUACAGAAGAUUUGCUCAAUCAUUUUGUAAUUGAUCAUUAUAAGCAAACUGUUUUAACGAUUAAAGAAACUCAGACAAUUAUUCUGUUGGCUUUAUAUGCUCCUAUCCUUUUCGUCAGUUUAAUCGGAAAUGUGUUAGUUUUACUUGUUAUUCUGCCAAAUCGACACUUACGAAGUAUUACAAACUGUUUUAUUGUUAACUUAAGCUUUGCUGAUUUAUUGGUGACUGUCAUCUGUAUACCAAUGUCGGUCAGCAUUAAAGUUUAUCAUUUAUGGAUUUAUGGAGAGUUCAUGUGUAAAAUUACCUGGUAUUUGCAAGGUGUUUCGUGCUCAGCAUCUGUUUUAACUAUCAUGACGUUGGCCUUUGACAGACAUCUUGCUAUCAAGCAUCCAAUUAAAUUUCGAAAGUUUAGCACUGGAAAUUAUGCUUGGAAAUUCAUAUCAGCAAUUUGGUUAACGUCAUUAGCAAUUAUGCUACCUUUGUGCAUUGUGCGAGAGAUCAGAUUCGUUUAUCCAUUCACAGGUGUAGUCUCCCAGGAGUUGCCUUAUUGUAUGGAGACAUGGUCCAGCGAUGACGUUCGGAUAGCAUAUGGAUUUCUACUUUGUGUAUUUCUUUUUGUUCUACCCACAUUAGUAUUAGUCUAUAGCUAUUCAGUUAUUGGUAAACAGUUGUGGAGGGAAAAUGCUGGCAUUCCAGGAGAAAUCCAGCAAAGAAAGAUAAAUCAGUCUCAAUUACAUAAAGUUAUGUUAAAUAGACGAAAAGUUGCGAGAAUGUUGGUGAUUUUAGCGUUGCUGUUUGCCAUUUGUUGGAUACCUUAUUACAUUAAUUCCAUAUAUUUGGAUUUUGUACCACCCACUGAUAAUUCUGCAAGGAAAGCUUCUGGAGCUUUAUCAUUUACUACUUAUUUGGGGCAUUUCAAUUCAGCUAUUAAUCCGAUAUUAUACUGCUUUAUGAAUGCAACAUUUAGAAGAAGCGCGCGAAAGCUCUUUUGUAGAUCUUGCUACAAAAAGAAGAUGAAUAAGACUAACGAAGGAAAUGUGGACAUGAUGGUUAUUUAUUCACAGCUGAGAUCGAAUAAAACUCGCACAUGUCCCAUUAACAAUAAGCGACACCUUCUACCUCCUCCUCCUUUAGACUCCAGAAGGAAAUUUUCUUCUCCUAGAUCGACUGGAACACGGACUACGUCUUCCGAAACGAGUUGUCCAACUCGCUCGUCUAAUGUAAGCCAAAGGUCAUCAGAAACUAGAUCCACAUUUAAAAGAUCACCUGAAAUCGAACUAGAGGGGGCCACUUGCCAAGCUGAGAAAUCAACAAAUAGCGUUUUGGAAAUUCUCGAACAAUAUUUUGGAGAUAAUAUCGAUAGAAAACGAAGAGAAAUGUUCAACUGCACUCUUAGUAUACCUACAACGAUUAACGAGGAAACAUCUCGAAGUAAUAUUAGCCAAUCCCCAAUUGCUGAUAGACAAACUAUGGCACAGAUUGCGGAAGAUGACGCUAAUCAAGAUAUAGUUGCUGGGAAAGACUUUUAUUUAGAGUCCGAUUCUUCCUAUAGAUUAUCCAGAUUCUUCCAGAGCACAAGAGACAUAGAAGUGUUGAAGGGCGACUUUGAAGCUAAUUUUCGAGAUUAAUAUAUAACAAAGGGCGCAUACUGUUUACAAAGUAUAUUUUUAAAUAUACAGCGCAAAUGUUAUAUUCAAUCCCUUUCUCCUUGAAUUUAUCACAAUCAAUUUAAUUCUCUAAGAAAGAAAUUCUGCAGCUCGACUUGUAAUUAAUAAUUUGAAAAGCACAAUGGAAAUUAUAUGUAUAUAAAUGCACUAUAUAUACAACAGUUUAUAUUAAAACUUGAACAUAUUAUUUGUUCAGCUUUACAUUACAGAGUGUUCAAGAUAAUUUAAAUAUAAAAUAUAUGUCUAUGUAUACGUUGAA